AUGAGUACUUUUAUGAGCCUCUUAGAGGUGCUGGAGGUCCAAGGGUCUGCUCUGGAUGAGGAUGAGGUGUGGGCAAUCCUCUUCAUUGCAGCAGAAACUUUAACAAGCAUCUCAAAUAAAGGUCCUGUUAAUCUGUGCAGUAUUAUUAGCCCAGGCUCCAUUUUGAUCUCGCCUAGUGGCAGCGUUGCCUUCAAAACCUGCAGCCGCACCGACAAUGUGGCCUCUUUCACCUCUCCUGAGAUGACAGUGGCUCAGUCUUCUUCCAGCAAAGAGGCUGUGGAGAAGAUGUUAAUUUACUCUCUGGGAAUGACACUGUACUGGGCUGUAGAUUAUCAGAUCCCUCCAGAUCAGCCUAUCCAGCUUACUGACCACUUGAACAGUCUUCUACUGAGUAUGUGUGAGGAAGAGUUUCAUCGACGGCCUAACCUGCAGGAGGUGCUGCAGCAAUGUGAAAAGCACCAAAAGAAUGCUCUGCUUCUUCCUCCAGAGAGAACCAUCAAACAGCUGGUCCAGGAUGUUUUUCAGCAUCCAGCAGAGAAUGUGUUGGCUAACAGAUCAAUAACAGAUCAGAGUCAGUUGAUUAGACACAGGCUUCGAGGAGGCUACACUGAGAAUUCUGCUUGCAUCCCAAAAGCAGUCAGUUCACCAUCCCACAUUGUCCAGGCUAAAAAUAACAGAAGCUACUAUUUCUCCCAUCACAGAGGAAGCACCAGCAGUGCAUACCUUGACAUCCAAAGGCAGCACAAUGACAGAUCUAACCAGUCAUUUGACUCUUCACUCAAUCUAAGUGAGAGGAAGCUAAAGAACUUGGGACCCGAGUUUGUUCGCAUUUUGGAUGAGCCAUUUAUUACUUUGGAGCUGCCAAGUUCCAUUGUGUCAAAGAAAUGGAAAUCUUGUUCAACACAAAGGGACGUGAGAGUGAUUAUGCCAAAUGGACAGACCAUCCUAGUAAAGUGUGAUGUCAAGACUAGAGGAGGAGAUGUGUUUGAUAUGAUUAUUGCCCAUUCAAAAAUGGUGGAGCACUUCUACUUUGGCCUUGCUUACACUGACAAUAAAUUCUUCUUUCUGGAUAACAAUACCAAAAUUUAUAAAAUUGCCCCAGAGAGCUGGAAAAAAGUAUCCACAUCCACGUUUGUCCUUUAUGUCCGAAUCAAAUUUUUUAUCACUGAUGUCAGUCUACUUUUACACAAACUGACACAACACCAGUACUACAUGCAGCUCAGAAGGGAUAUUCUCGAAGACAGAUUGCCCUAUACCGAAGAGACUGGCUUGUUUCUCAGUGCAUUGGCUUUGCAAGCUGAAUUUGGUGACAUUUUGCCUGAGAUGUAUGGGAGGGAGUACUAUCAGCCUGAGCACUAUAUUCCCAAGAGCUUGAUGGAGAAAAUGUCACUGCCUUGCCUGAAACAAGAGUUACAGCAAUUACAUGCUAAUAAUGCAAAUAUGACUGCUGAGGAGUCCGAGCUUGAAUUCCUCAAGGUCAUCCAGCAGCUUCCACAGUACGGGAUGCUUUUUCAUCGUGUGGUCCAAGAAAAGAUGUUUAGCACAGGAGAGCUGCUCUUGGGGGUGUGUACCAAAGGCAUCGCUGUGUAUGAAGUAAAAAACAACAUCCAUACCAUGAGAUUUAGAUUCCACUGGAGAGAAACCAUCAAUAUCUUUGCAGUUAAACGUAAAUUCAUAAUUGUGAGCAGCAUCAGUAUGAAGAAACACAUGUUUCUUAUGGAGAAAUCCAGAAUUGCAAGUUACCUCUGCAGCCUGUGCACAGCACAGCACAAGUUUCACAAGGAGAUGAGCUCUCGCCAGUUGAGCCACAGUCUUGUCUCAGGCGAGUCCUUUACUGUAAUACAGGCUCUUGCCCAGAAUGAAACAAGCAGGAGGAUUUCCUGUUUUGAGGGGAACUCUAAUGAUGGCAGACCUGAUGUAGCUUGUCAUGACUCCAUGAGCAAGCUGUGUGAUGACGUUGCCAAUCGUAUUGAAACUAAAAUCAAACAGCAGCGCUACAAGUUAGAUCCUUGUAGUUCUUUGAGUCAAGAUUUUCAGAGAUUCAGUGUAUCUUCAAAGCGAAGCUCUGGGGUUUCAUCCAUCCCUUCUUUUUUAAGAGAGACUCCAACAAGCCACCGAGCUCCUGCAAGAGAAAUUCUCUGUGUAACUUUAACAAAAGAUGUGAAAUUAGGCCUUGGUAUUAUAAUUGUUGGAGAAGACAGUGCUAGUGGUCUGGAUCUAGGUAUCUUUAUUGCAUCUGUUGUGCCAGGAGGACCAGCUAAUAGAGAUGGACGAAUCAGACCAGGUAGCCGGUUAAUCUCACUAAAUCAGAUUAGUCUGGAGGGAGUCCCCUUUAAUGAAGCAGCAGAAAUCAUACAAAGUAGCCCCAACCAGGUGGAGCUCAUCAUCUCCCAGUUCAAAGGUAAAAAUGAAAACUGCAUUGCAGAAAGAUACUAUGAACUACCGACCAGCAUGUUGUAUUUGCGUAUCUCUGUAGACAGUCCAGCAGGAGAUGGUCUUGACGAGUUGGUGACGGUGAUGAUGACGCCAAAAACUGGCCGUAGGCUCCAUGUGCCUAAAGUUCAUGUCCUCAGUGUACAGGCUGAUCUGAUUCAGAGAGAUAAUCUGGCCACUGUAUGAGAAUCUGAGCCCAGACAUCUCUAUCUCCAGCCACAUAUACCAGCUCCUCCUAGG